UCACCAAUCCUCUCUCUCUCUCUCUCUCUCUCUCUCUCUCUCUCUCAGCUCUCAAGAAGAAGCCAUAUAUGAAUAUCAGCUCUCUUAAACGGUCUCCAUCAUCUUCUUUGGACAAUGAAGAUUGCCCCUCACAGCCAUCUCAUAUGAGGGUUUCUAGGCCACGAAUGGACGACAAGCUUCCAGAGAGAGGCUUGAAGUCCCCUGCAGUUAGGCCUUAUGUUCGAUCGAAAAUGCCUCGGCUUCGGUGGACGCCUGAUCUUCAUCACUGCUUCGUGCAUGCCAUUCAACGGCUUGGAGGAGAAGACAGAGCUACUCCAAAGAUGGUUUUACAACUAAUGAAUGUGAAGGGCCUUACCAUAUCUCACGUAAAGAGCCAUCUUCAGAUGUAUAGGAGUAUGAAGCAUGAGCAGAUGAUACAAGAAGCAGCUACGGCAGCAAAGAAGAAUGAUAAGGCACAGGGCAUUCUACAUUCAAAUUAUAACUUCUUAUGCUUGAAACAGAGAUAUUUCCAACAGAGUGAAAAGUACGCGGCCGUAUUAAUGAUGGAUAACAACUCAUUCCAGCGCAGGAACAGUACUGGGACUGAUCAUUGCAAUGAAGAUCUUACUCCCAAUAAUACAAGCAUGCCAGCCCAAUGGGUGGGGAAUCAAGAGAUCAUGCGGAUUGGAAGGAAAAUGACCGAGCCAUCACCAAUAUCCCAAGAAAUAACAAGCAAAGCAUGGGAGCAGAAACCAAAUUCUUACAUCAUCUUCAAAGAUCUUCUCGAGAGCUGCGCCACUAGAGGGACAAAUGAGCAAAAAAGAGUACUCUUACAAGGUACUGCUGCCGGUUGCCAGAGCAAUGAUCGAACAAGAGAAACACCCGCAGAGAAUAUAGACCGAGUGGAUGAUUAUAAAAUGUCUUUAUCAAUGAACUCAAUAGGGUCCAGGUCAUUGUUGAAGCUGCACAAAAGUGCAGAUCAUGUCAAUGAUGUUUCUCUUGAGCUCACCCUUGCUUGAAAUUAAAUAAGCACAUAAACGAUAUAUAUAUAUAUAUAGACGGUUUUGGGACCUUAAAAAUUGGCUCGACCUUCUUUGAUAAUCCUAGAAUUUAGAUACCAUGCAUGAUCAUAAGUUGAACAUGAAGCUUAAUUGUAAUUGGGUAAGGCGAGCUAGCUAGUUGAUCUGGCACUGAUCAUCAUCAUGUGCUAAUGAUGGCCGGCCUGUUGGCCCAGGGGCAUGUGAAAGUUGUUCCCAUGCAUGUAAUUUAUAACCUCCUUGUGAGGUUUUGAACUUUUGAGUGUAAGGACUAAGACUAAAGGCCGGGCCCGUUGUAAUUAGAAAUAGAAAAGCUUAACGUACUUUGCACAUAAAAUAUUGUACAGGCAUGUAGUGUUUUUCA